ACUGACCUUGAACGUUGGGUAAGGAAGUACUUUGAUGGUGUUAAGGAUGGACCAAAAAGUAUGCAUUUAAUCAACCCACCAAAGCCCAUAUGGGAUCCAAGUAAAUUGCAUGUUAUCGAAAGUGUCGAAGGUUUGACUGCUCUUCAGCUUGUUUGGAUGCUUCCUCCUUACUCAAAAAACAACCAUUUAGAAAUGCCAGAAGUCUAUCUAAUCGAACUUUUAAGUAACAAAAGUAAAGAAAGCUUGUAUGGAUUCUUCAAAGAGAAAGACUGGGUAGCUGAUAUAGAUGUCUCUCUUGAGGGUCAUCUAGAUGAUUACAGAUCAGGAGGCCGUUUAUUUAGCUUUUCAUUGUAUCUCACUAACUCGGGCUUGAAAAAAAAGUAUGAAAUGAUUAAUUAUGUCUACCAAUAUAUCAAAUUAUUGAGAGAUAUGAUUCCACAAGAAUGGGUUUGGAACCAAUAUUGGAAGUUGAAGGAAAUAGAGUUUGAUUGUCUUGACGUUUCUGGCAUGGCUGCAAAUUCUCCAAGCGAUUUUGCUCGAUAUCUCUCAGGGAAUAUGCUGAAGUAUCCUAUAACACAUGUUGUUUCUAGCGGAUUAUGUGCGCAAGAGCUGGAACCCAAAAGCAAUAGUAAAUCUUAUGGAAGAAUUUACUCCAAAAAACAUGAGGAUGGACCUUCUUGUAAACUCACUGGACGCAACAGAUCCCAGAACAGAACCCUGGUUUGGAACACAUUUCAUAGAAGAACAAAUUCCACUGGAGAUGAUUAAGAAAUGGAGUAAUAUUUCUGAAGUUGACUUAAAGAGAACCUUUUCGUUCCUACAGCCGUCAACCUAAGAAGAGUCAUCCGUGUGACCACUGCUGUUCCUAUAUGCAUUGUGGACAAGCCAGGGAUAAAGAUGUGGCACCAAAGUCUGGAAGAUGGCCCAGCCUAUGCAUACUUCUGCAUAAGUCUGACAGAUGUGGCACCAAAGUCUGGAAGAUGGCCCAGCCUAUGCAUACUUCUGCAUAAGUCUUAACCGGGCCUCGUGGUCUGGUGGUAAAGGAACCUCGGCUGAGGUGCCCGCCAUCACGACUUCGAGCCCCGGCCACAGCGGAUUUAACAUCCCUUCCGUUGGGGCGCUGGACCCCCUACGGGGAUAGUUGAGAAUGUGGCUGUCCAGAUACCAGAGUUAUCAAAAAAAAAAAAAAAAAAGUCUGACAGAUGGGGAAUAUAGCAUCAAGAAACAACUGAUUUAUCACAUCUUUACAGAACUUGUAAAGGAUGAGCUAAGCUAUAUCAUGUUUGAGGGCAAGCAAGCUAGUAUUUCCAACUCAUUUUCAGUCAGCGAAGAUAAAUUGGUUUUGAAAUUUCGAGGCUGUAGAGAAAAGUUUACCCUCUUCAUAUCCAAAUUCUGGCAGAAUUUCAAGUCUUUCUCUCCAAAACUUGAAAGCUUUGAGAGUUUCAAAGAGGAGAUGUCAAUAGAUCUCAGUAGCAUUGAUAUUAAAGAACAAUCUGAACAUAUGAUGUUCACAAUGCUAUAUGAAGGGUCCUAUGAUGUGAAAGAGAAGUUGGAAAACUUGAAAGAUAUUUCUUUUGCUGAUCUGCAAAAAUUCGUUACAGUUUUUUAUUCCCAGAUAUUCAUUGAAGGUCUUUGUUAUGGUGAUAUGCUGGAAAAAGAAGCUACUGAGAUAUCAGAGAUUUUUGAAAGAAGGUUUGAAGAGCCAAGGACUCCAAAAGUGAGAAACGAAAGUGCUUCAGAUCGUGUUAAAAUGAAUCAUCCUGUUAGUAGAAAAAAUGCAUACGUGUUUAAAAAGUCUGAGACUAACUCUAUGGCUAAGGUUUACUUCCAAACUAGCAAUCCAAAGUAUAAACUUAAUGAGGAGGAGGAUGGUGCACGACUAAGUCUCUUCAGCGCUAUCAUAAAAGAAGAACUGUAUGAUCAGUUAAGGACAAAAAAGCAGCUUGGUUAUGAUGUUAGUUGCUAUAAGGAUGUAACGAGUGGAGUUUAUGGGUUCUAUAUAUAUAUUGUUUCUUCACAAUACGACCCGGAUCAUCUUUUGAAUGAAAUUGAUGAAUUCGUAAAUGGCAUUGGGUCGCUGCUGGUGAGUUGUAUCCGGAAUAAAUUUAUCUCUUUUUCUGUGUGUUUGUUUUGUGUUGUUAAACUUACAGGAAAACAUGCCAGAAGAAGCAUUCAAGAGCUACAAAAAAAGUGUCGAAUCUGGAUUGUUUGACGACAUAAAUUCUAAAUGGAAAGAGAUUGUCUGCAAAAGGUACAAAUUCGAUUGCCACGAGGACUAUGAGCUCAGAUUUUGGUACGAUAAGUACUUCAAAGAAUCAUCUCCUAGUUGCCGGAAGUUUUCUGUCGGUAUUUGGCGAGGGCAACACCAAGAGGAGGGAGAAGAAUCGUCUAAGGCACAUGAAAAGAAGAAGAGCAAGCACAAAGCCUUUUAAAACAGAUGAAGACCCAAAGCCUCCCGCUUAUCACACACUCUUUGGGCGUUUUCUAUCUUUUAAUUUCCGUUGAAUUCCAAAUUGUGGGCAAAUACUUUAUAUGACAUUGCUGCUCACUUAAACAAUGUUAACUUACAAUCUUGGUUUUGUAAGCACAACCAAACAUAUGUGUCUUUUCUAGUCUGACACAUAUAUACAUCGUAGAGGUGUGUUUCUCAAUCGAUGCAUCC